GAGAAGUGCUGCGCGCUGUGAUGCGUCUUCCUCUCGCCUCGGCUGCCAGUUUGGAUUGUAGCGCCCGGCUCCGUGCACUGCGAGGAUGGCUCGGUUCGGGGAUGAUCUGCCGACCCGCUAUGGAGGUGGAGGGCCGGCCGGGGCUGGAAGAGGGAGCAGCCGGCAAGGUGGCCCUCAAGCCGGCCAAAGGAUGUAUAAACAGUCGAUGGCUCAGAGAGCCAGGACUAUGGCUCUCUACAACCCCAUCCCCGUCAAACAGAACUGCUUCACAGUCAACAGAUCCCUCUUCAUCUUCAGUGAAGAUAACGUUAUACGGAAAUACGCCAAGCGAAUAACAGAGUGGCCUCCAUUUGAAUACAUGAUUUUAGCUACAAUCAUAGCCAAUUGUAUUGUGCUGGCUCUGGAACAACAUUUGCCGGAAGGAGACAAGACACCGAUGUCAGAAAGAUUGGACGACACUGAGCCGUACUUUAUUGGAAUAUUUUGUUUUGAAGCUGGUAUCAAGAUCAUCGCUCUGGGUUUCGUUUUUCACAAAGGCUCCUACCUGCGGAACGGCUGGAACGUGAUGGAUUUUGUCGUGGUCCUCACAGGGAUUCUGGCGACUGCUGGGACUGAUUUUGACCUGCGGACCCUGCGAGCUGUCCGGGUGCUGCGGCCCCUGAAACUCGUGUCGGGAAUCCCAAGCCUGCAGGUUGUCCUCAAGUCCAUCAUGAAGGCCAUGGUGCCCUUGCUGCAGAUCGGGCUGCUCCUCUUCUUCGCCAUCGUGAUGUUUGCCAUCAUCGGGCUGGAGUUCUACAUGGGCAAAUUCCAUAAAACCUGCUUUUCCAAUGAGACAGGUGAGGAGGUGGGGGAUUUUCCCUGUGGAGAGGAGCCUCCUGCCAGGCAGUGUGAGAGCGGAACCACGUGCAGGGAGUACUGGCAGGGCCCCAACUACGGCAUCACCAACUUUGACAACAUCCUCUUCGCUGUGCUCACCGUCUUCCAGUGCAUCACCAUGGAGGGCUGGACCGACAUCCUCUACAACACAAACGACGCUGCAGGAAAUACCUGGAAUUGGCUUUACUUCAUCCCUCUCAUCAUCAUUGGCUCUUUCUUCAUGCUCAACUUGGUGCUGGGCGUCUUAUCAGGUGAAUUCGCCAAGGAGCGAGAGCGGGUGGAGAACCGCCGGGCGUUCCUGAAGCUCCGCAGGCAGCAGCAAAUCGAGCGGGAGCUCAACGGCUACCUGGAGUGGAUCUUCAAAGCAGAGGAGGUCAUGCUGGCCGAGGAGGACAAGAACGCCGAAGAGAAGUCCCCUCUGGACGGGAGGGCCGCCUCCGAAGGGCCGAUUCCUCAAGGCACGGCGCCGGCAGAGACUGGCAGCGGCAGCAGCUACAACAUGUUGAAAAGAGCCGCAAUAAAGAAGAGCAAAAAUGACCUGAUUCAUGCAGAAGAAGGUGAGGACCAUUUCACAGACAUUUGCUCCGUUGGGUCUCCCUUUGCCCGUGCCAGUUUGAAGAGUGGGAAGAACGAGAGCUCGUCCUACUUCAGGAGGAAAGAGAAGAUGUUCCGCUUCUUCAUCCGCCGCAUGGUGAAGGCUCAGAGCUUCUACUGGGUCGUGCUCUGCGUGGUGGCCCUCAACACCCUCUGUGUGGCCAUGGUGCACUAUGACCAGCCCGAGAAGCUGACCACUGCUCUCUAUUUCGCGGAGUUUGUUUUCCUGGGGCUGUUCCUCACUGAGAUGUCUUUGAAGAUGUAUGGGCUGGGGCCAAGGAAUUACUUCCACUCCUCGUUCAACUGCUUUGACUUUGGGGUCAUCGUGGGCAGCAUUUUUGAGGUCAUUUGGGCUGCGGUGAAGCCGGGAACCUCCUUUGGCAUCAGCGUGCUGAGAGCCCUGCGGCUGCUGAGGAUCUUCAAAGUGACAAAGUACUGGAAUUCCCUGAGGAACCUGGUGGUCUCCUUGCUGAACUCCAUGAAGUCCAUCAUCAGUUUGCUUUUCCUGCUGUUCCUGUUCAUCGUGGUCUUUGCUCUGCUGGGGAUGCAGCUCUUUGGAGGACAGUUCAAUUUCCAAGAUGAAACUCCAACCACGAAUUUCGAUACCUUCCCUGCUGCCAUCCUCACAGUCUUCCAGAUCCUCACCGGGGAAGACUGGAAUGCUGUGAUGUACCACGGGAUAGAGUCGCAGGGCGGCGUCCACUCGGGAAUGUUCUCCUCCAUCUACUUCAUCGUCCUCACCCUCUUCGGUAACUAUACCCUCCUGAACGUCUUCCUGGCCAUCGCUGUGGACAACCUGGCCAACGCCCAGGAGCUGACCAAGGACGAGGAGGAGAUGGAGGAAGCCACCAACCAGAAGCUGGCCCUGCAGAAGGCCAAGGAAGUGGCCGAAGUGAGCCCCAUGUCGGCCGCCAACAUCUCCAUAGCUGCUUUUGUAAAGCAAACUCGAGGUACUGUAUCUCGCAGCUCGUCAGUCUCCAGCGUAAAUUCACCCAAGCAGCAGAAUUCCUCCAAAUCCAAGUCGGUUUGGGAGCAGAGGACGAGCCAGAUCCGGAUGCACAACUUCCGAGCCAGCUGCGAGGCCCUGUACAACGAGCUGGACCCCGAGGAGCGGGUGCGCUACGCCACCACCCUGCACAUCCGGCCCGACAUGAAAACCCACCUGGACCGGCCGCUGGUCGUGGAGCCCCGCGGCGAAGGCAGGAACAACAUCACCAAGCUGAGCCCCGUGGACGUCCAGGAGGUGGUGGAGCACCCCAAACCCACCUCUGCCGACGGGGCUGAAGCGCCGCGGAAGCACCACCGGCAUCGGGAGAAGGAGAAGCUGGGAGAGCAGGAGAAGGGAGACGUGACCAAGGACGAGAGCGGCGAAACCGGGACGGGCAACAAGGAGGAGCGGCACAGGCAGCACCGGAGCCGCAGCAAGGAGGUGGAAGGGGGCAGCAAGGAAGGGAAAAGCGACCGUAACAGGGGGCAGGAAGGGGGGAAGAGGCACCACCGGCGGGGCUCGGUGGAGGAAGGGGCCGAGAAGGAGCACCGCAGGCACCGCGGCCACCGGCACUCGUCCGACCGGCCGGGCAAGGAGGGCAACGGCACGGCCAACGGCGCCCGCGGCGAGCGGCGCUCCCGGCACCGCGGCGGCUCCCGCUCCGGGAACAGGGAUGGAGAGCCCGGGGCCAAGGGGGACAGCGGAGAGGAGCCCCACCGGCGGCACCGGCUCAGGAACAGGGCGCUGUCCACCUACGAGUCCGUGGAGAAGGACAGCGGGGACAAGGACGGGGAGGCCGGCGAGAAGGAGCACCGCAAUCACCAGCCCAAGGAGAACCAGUGUGAGCUGGAGGCCAGCGGCAGUGGCAGUGGCCCUGGGAGUGUCCCUGUGCACACCCUGCCCAGCACCUACCUGCAGAAGGUGCCCGAGCAGCCCGAGGAUGCCGACAACCAGAAGAACGUGACGAGGAUGAUCCAGCCGCCCCUGGACAAAACCACCACUGUGAACAUCCCUGUCACCAUCACUGCCCCUCCGGGGGAGACCACUGUCAUUCCAAUGAACAACGUGGAGUUUGAAAGCAAAACGGAGGAGAAGAAAGACGUCGAUGACUUGACGAAAAAUGGGCCUAAACCAAUCCUGCCUUACAGUUCCAUGUUCAUCCUCAGUCCCACAAAUCCGAUCCGGCGCCUCUUCCACUACAUCGUCAACCUGCGCUACUUCGAGAUGGUGAUCCUGAUCGUCAUCGCCCUCAGCAGCAUCGCCCUGGCCGCAGAGGACCCUGUCCAAGCCGAGUCUCCCAGGAAUGACGCUCUGAAAUACCUGGAUUAUAUAUUUACAGGAGUCUUCACCUUUGAGAUGGUGAUCAAGAUGAUUGACUUGGGGCUGCUGCUCCACCCGGGCUCCUACUUCCGUGACCUCUGGAAUAUCCUGGACUUCAUUGUGGUCAGUGGGGCCUUGGUGGCUUUUGCCUUCUCAGGAACCAAAGGCAAGGACAUCAACACCAUCAAGUCCCUGCGAGUCCUGCGCGUGCUCAGGCCUCUGAAGACCAUAAAACGGCUGCCAAAACUAAAGGCCGUCUUUGACUGCGUGGUGAACUCCCUGAAGAACGUCCUCAACAUCCUCAUCGUUUACAUGCUCUUCAUGUUCAUCUUCGCCGUCAUCGCCGUGCAGCUCUUCAAGGGCCGCUUCUUCUACUGCACGGACGAGUCCAAGGAGCUGGAGAAGGACUGCAGGGGUCAAUACCUCGAUUAUGAAAAAAACGAGGUGGAGGCACAGCCCAGGGAAUGGAAAAAAUACGAGUUCCACUACGACAACGUGCUCUGGGCUCUGCUCACGCUCUUCACCGUGUCCACAGGGGAAGGGUGGCCAACUGUGCUGAAGCACUCGGUGGAUGCCACCUACGAGGAACAGGGGCCCAGCCCUGGCUACCGGAUGGAAAUGUCCAUCUUUUACGUGGUCUAUUUUGUUGUCUUCCCUUUUUUCUUUGUCAACAUCUUUGUGGCGUUAAUCAUCAUCACCUUCCAGGAGCAAGGAGAUAAAGUGAUGUCAGAGUGCAGCCUCGAGAAAAACGAGAGGGCCUGCAUAGACUUUGCCAUAAGUGCCAAGCCCCUGACCCGCUACAUGCCUCAGAACAAGCAAUCCUUCCAGUACAAGAUGUGGAAAUUCGUGGUGUCCCCUCCCUUUGAGUAUUUUAUCAUGGUCAUGAUUGCUCUCAACACCAUCGUCCUCAUGAUGAAGUUCUACGACGCUCCAGAAGCAUACGAAGAAAUGCUCAAAUGCCUGAAUAUUGUGUUUACAUCCAUGUUUUCCAUGGAAUGUGUGCUGAAGAUCAUUGCCUUUGGUGUGCUGAAUUAUUUCCGAGAUGCCUGGAAUGUCUUUGAUUUUGUAACAGUGUUGGGAAGUAUUACUGAUAUUUUAGUAACAGAGAUUGCGGACAACUUCAUCAACCUCAGCUUCCUGCGGCUCUUCCGGGCAGCCAGGCUCAUCAAGCUCCUCCGCCAGGGCUACACCAUCCGCAUCCUGCUCUGGACAUUCGUGCAGUCCUUCAAGGCCUUGCCUUAUGUGUGUCUCCUCAUUGCAAUGCUCUUCUUCAUCUAUGCCAUUAUUGGCAUGCAGGUAUUUGGGAACAUUGCCUUAGAUGAUGAAACCUCCAUCAAUCGGCACAACAACUUCCGGACUUUCCUCCAAGCCCUGAUGCUCCUGUUCAGGAGCGCUACGGGGGAAGCCUGGCACGAGAUCAUGUUGUCCUGCUUGAGCAACAGAGCCUGUGACCCCCUCUCUGGCCUCACCAAAAAGGAGUGUGGCAGUGAUUUUGCCUAUUUCUACUUCGUGUCGUUCAUUUUCCUCUGCUCCUUCCUGAUGCUGAACCUGUUUGUGGCUGUGAUCAUGGACAAUUUCGAGUACCUGACCCGGGACUCCUCCAUCCUCGGGCCGCAUCACCUGGACGAGUUUGUCCGGGUGUGGGCUGAGUACGACCCCGCAGCCUGCGGGCGCAUCAGUUACACAGACAUGUAUGAGAUGCUGAGACACAUGUCCCCACCUCUAGGCCUUGGGAAGAAAUGCCCAGCUCGUGUUGCCUAUAAGCGCCUGGUGAGGAUGAACAUGCCCAUCUCCCCCGAGGAUUUAACCGUGCACUUCACCUCCACGCUGAUGGCCCUGAUCCGCACGGCCCUGGAGAUCAAACUGGCCUCAGGCGGUGUGAAGCAGCACCAGUGCGACGCUGAGCUCAGGAAGGAGAUCUCGCUGGUCUGGCCCAACCUGUCCCAGAAGACUCUGGAUCUGCUGGUGCCUCCUCACAAACCUGAUGAAAUGACGGUGGGGAAGGUCUACGCGGCCCUGAUGAUAUUUGACUUCUACAAGCAGAAUAAGAACAGCAGGGAGCAAGUCCAGCCCCCCGGGGGCCUGUGCCAGCCUGGUCCAGUGUCCCUCUUCCACCCCUUGAAGGCCACCCUGGAGCAGACCCAGCCCACGACCUUCAGCAACGCCAAGGCCUUCCUGCGCCAGAAGAGCUCGGCCUCCCUCAACAACGGGGGAGCCUUGCCCCCCCCGGAGGGAGGGAUCAAAGAGUCCAGCUCUUGGGGGACCCAGCGCACCCAGGACGUGUUCUAUGAAACCAGGAGCCCAGCUUUUGAGCGAGGCCACUCCGAGGAGAUCCCCAUUGAGAGGGUGGUAGAAAUGAAGGAGAUCAGCCCCACAGUUGCCAACGGAGAGCCCCAACCAGGCCUGGAGAGCCAGGGCCGGGCGGCCUCCAUGCCACGCCUGGCUGCUGAAACCCAGAGGAGCAAAGCACGGUCACCUGGGAGUUACCUGGCACCCAUCCCGGACACGAGCCCCAUGAAGCGCUCGGUCUCCACGCUGACCCCGCAGCGCCCUCACGCCAUGCACCUCUACGAGUAUUCCUUGGAGCGGAUGCCUCCGGAGCAGGGCCACCACCACCACCACCACCGCUGCCACCGGCGGAAAGAGAAGAAGCAGAAGUCCUUGGAUAGAGCCGCCCAUCACCUGGCUGAUGGACAAGCUGUUGCCCAGUCUGGAGAGUCUUCUUCCAGGGACAAGAAGCAGGAGCGUGGCCGCUCCCAGGAGAGGAAGCAGCACUCCUCCUCCUCCUCCGAAAAGCAGCGCUUCUACUCCUGCGACCGCUACGGCAGCCGGGACCGUGCCCAGCCCAAAUCUGCCGACCAGAGCAGACCCACCUCCCCCAACGGGGGCCCAGAGCACGGCCCACACAGACAGACAGAUGGAGGAAGAAGGCUCCCUCCUUCUGGGGAAGGCAGCGGGAGGAGCACAUCCCUCUCUGCCCCCUCCCCACUGCCUUGUCUAGUCCCGAGACACGCACCAGGCGCCGACCCGGCCACGGACGCGAGGAGCCGGGAGAAGAGCGAUCCUCACCUUCCAUGGCAGAAAAGCAGAACUGUGGGUCCUUCUCGAGAUCGGCGCAGUUUUGUUGGGUUAUUUCUUAAUUAAUUUACCAUCAUAAUUCCCCCCCCUGCCAGGGCGGGAGCCGGGGGUCGCAAAGGGACUCGCGCGAACGACGCUCGCACCAGCGCUCGUUGAGCGCUGAGAAGGAAGAGAUGCACCCAAGAAACUGGGAGAGGAGAAACACAGCCCAGAACAAAGGACAGUCCUUUGGGACUUGAUGUUCAGCCACUGCAAUCCUUUAGGGCAGAGCUGGUGCCACCCCCCGAGCGGACCCUGCUGUGACACCGCUGCCCUGGGGGUCUCUAACGUCACUCACCACAUCGGGUCCUUCACACUGACACACGGUAAAGCCACAAGAGAGCUCCUUUGUAAGGACUGUUUCCUUGCUGCUGAGACUUUUCAAUCCAUCCCUCUCUCCUGUUGACUGCAACACGCCCUCACUGUUUUGUCUUGUUUACAAUAUAAGCUUGAUUUAGCAAAAAAACAACUUAAAAAAAAAAAGUCCACAAAAAAGAAAAAAAAAACCCAACCCAAACAAAAAGAGGAAAAAAAAAAAAAAGCAUAGGGGUGAGAAGAAGAAAUGUUAUUGGUUUUAUAUCAAGCUAUUAGAUAGAACUUUAACUUUUCAUUGUGUGCAUUUUUGUAAAUUGUACAGUAAAAAAAAAAAAAAAAGAAAAAAAAUUUCCUCUUUCUGUAGAGAAUUAGUCCAACUGUCAUUCCAGGUCCCACCGUUUCUACCGAAUGCUCCAGUUGUUCACUACUAAGUGCCUAACCUUUGAAAUCUUUCACAGUGACGAUGCAACCUCUUGCUUCGAGGCAUCAGAGCUUGGGCGAGCGUGGGGAGGGCAGAGGGGCGGGGGCUGAGCCCCUCGGAGGGGCCCUGGGGCCACGGCGCCCAGGACACUGCGCCCCAGGCUGGCAGCUUCCAGCGGGGAAGGCAAACGUGCUUUGGGGUUGGUUUGGGUUUUGUUGGCCUUUUAUUUCUUAUUCUUAAUUUUUUUUUUUUUUUUAAAGACUAUAUAAAUAUAUAUAUAAAUAAACUUUUAUGGGUGGGAGGGGAGUGAUUGCAGCAAACAAAGCCAGCCUUGUCUCGUUGCCCAGUGGAGGAAGUGCAGGUGGGAAAGGGCAGCAGCUGCAGGGGUGCUCCUGCAGGAGAAGCAGCAUCUCCCACAGGCCAGCUGAGAGAGCUCUGGCCGUGCAGCAUCGGUGCGGAGGGCAGGAGGAGUGACUUGUUUUUAUUGCCUGAUAAGAGACGGUUUAAAAAAAAAAAAAAAAAAAGAUGAUUAUUAUUGAUAAUAUUACUACUAAUAAUCCAAACCUCUAACUCUGAUUCUCAGGGAUGAGAUUUCUGCGUUCUUGCAAUGACUCUUGCGUUGGCUGGUUUCUUUCUUUCGUGCCCGUGUGGAUUCCUGCACUGUGAGCCUGGGAAAGGGGCAAAGUGCUGGGGAGGCUGGGGGCAAAGCUCGGCCGGGACCUCGUGCCCGGGGCUCUGCUCAGCCCUUGUAGGGCUGCUUCGGGGCACAGGGCAGCCAGGGGACGUGGAGGGGUUAAAAGGUGAAAGGAGGAAGAGUGGGAGGUGCUGGGCACAUCCCUAAAAACGCCGCUAGGAAAGAGGAUAGGGUUGGAGAAGUGAAUUUUUUUCAGAGGAUCAGCCAAGCCCCAGACCUGUGGAACUUCUCCAGGGGCAGCGGUCGCUGGGAUGGGCGGAAAUCGCGCUGGCCCUGGUGAUCUGUUCUGUCCCUGGGGUGCUUGGAGGGGAUCAGACACCACCAAAACGCUCAGGAGGUCUCUCGUGCUCUCAGCAAAGUCUGUCAGCCUCAGGCAGGAGCAGUCUGCUCUAGGGUGGUUCUUCACAUCUCCUGUAGCUCUUCCCUUGAGGAAACUCAACCCGGUUUUGUUCCCUCCGGUGUUUUGUUUUAAUUUCGUUCUGUUCAGUAGCAAUCUCUGGCCGAUCUCAUCCCUGGAUUCUGCUAAAGGAUAACUCCUGUCUGUAUCUCUGUCUCUGUACUCGUGUGCACUCGGAAUAAAGGCAGUGUGGUAGCCAGAGGUCACGGCUGGCAUUCCUGGCAUUCCCAAACGGAGGGCUAUGCAACCAGAUGACACGUCCGGACACACACCCACCACCACCACUCAAAGACCUUCAUCCAUCUGUAGCUUUAGCUGCUGGAUUUUCCUGUUUCAGGCUUCAGCACGAUUGUGACCAAAUGUUUUAUACAUUUUCCUGAAAUGAAGGCACAAACACUGUAUUUGAAAUUUUCCAAGGGACCGUUCCUAUUUAACUGCAGGAA